AUGGAGGAUGACUACCCUGAAGUCCAGGACCCUUUGAUAGAAAUAAAUGUAGGGUCAGAGGCCGAACCACGACCUCUUUUUGUAAGCCAUCUUUUGGAUCCUAAGUUAGCGGACGAGGUUAUCGACUUGCUCCAUGAAUAUAAGGAUUGUUUUGCUUGGGAUUAUCAUGAGAUGCCUGGGUUGCCAAGAAGUUUGGUCAAGCACGAAUUAAGAAUCAAGGAGGGGUUCAAGCCUUUCCAGCAGCCGCCAAGGCGUUUCUCGACCGAAGUCCAGCUUAGGGUCAAGGAGGAAAUUGAACGGCUCCUUAAAGCCGGCUUCAUCCGAACGGCCCGGUACGUUGAGUGGUUGGCCAACAUUGUACCAGUUUUAAAGAGGACCGGGGCCUUGAGGGUUUGCACCGAUUACCGAAAUCUGAACCUCGCAACCCCAAAGGAUGAAUACCCCAUGCCUAUGUCAGACCUCCUGGUAGACGGAGCCGCAAAGCACAAACUCCUGUCUUUCAUGGACGGCCAUGCAGGUUACAACCAAAUUUUCGUGGCCGAAGAGGAUGUCCACAAAACGGCGUUUAGGUGUCCAGGAGCAAUCGGAACCUAUGAAUGGGUAGUCAUGCCGCUCGGCCUAAAGAAUGCCGGCGCAACAUACCAACGAGCUAUGAACCUGAUUUUCCACGACCUUAUAGGCCGGACCGUGGAAGUCUACAUUGAUGACAUCGUUGUAAAGUCCCCGUCCAAAGCCGACCACGUAGGACAUCUCCGACAAGCUUUCGACCGAAUGCGAGCACACGGCCUAAAAAUGAACCCCAAGAAAUGUGCAUUCGGCGUCACCGCCGGGAAUUUCCUCGGUUUCUUGUUCAUAUCCAACUUUUUACGGCCGUUGACUCCUCUGCUCAAACUAAAGGACACAGAACAGUUCGUAUGGGGAGCAGAACAUCAAGCCGCCCUCGACGACAUCAAGAAAUAUCUGUCUCAACCACCAGUCCUUAUGCCGCCGAAAAGAGGAAAACCUUUGAGGCUUUACAUUUCGGCUUCAGAAGGUUCUAUCGGCUGCCUGUUGGCUCAAAACAACGAGUUUGAACAAGAACAAGCGGUGCACUAUCUAAGCCGCACCCUCAACACGGCCGAACUAAACUAUUCGCCGAUCGAGAAAUUGUGCCUAGCGCUUUAUUUCGCGGCCACCAAGUUGCGGCAUUAUAUGCUUCCUUCGGUCGUCCGGAUCCUCUCCAAGACCGAUCUUAUCAAGUACAUGCUCACUCGGCCGAUUAUACGCGGCCGAAUUGGGAAGUGGACGAUGGCAUUAUCGAAAUUUACCUUUCAAUAUGUGGCUCAGAAAUCGGUCAAAGGUCAGGCAUUGGCCGAUUUCCUGGCUUAUCACCCGGCCCAGGGGCAGGAGGGAGAGUUGGAGGUCGAGAUCGGCAUGGCCCGCAUGGAAAAGAACUACUGGACCAUGUACUUCGAUGGCUCCAGUACCGAGGCCAGGUCAGGGGCCGGAGUCAUGAUCGAAUCCCCUCAAGGGCAAAGAUGGCAGUUCGCUUUCCAACUCGACUUCAAAUGCACCAAUAACCAGGCCGAAUACGAAGCACUCAUCAUCGGUCUCGAAAUCUUGAAAGAAAUGAAGGCAACCCGUGUUCUAGUCUACGGUGACUCUCAGUUGGUAAUUAAUCAGUUGACCGGGGAAUACCAGUGCACGAGCGAGAAUCUCACUAUGUAUUAUGUAACGGCCCUCAAUACGGCCGACGCGUUUUCUAGGAUUUCCUUUGUUCAUGUACCACGCGCCGAAAACCAUGAGGCCAACGAGAUGGCCCAGGUGGCGUCAGGCGUGAACAUCCUGGAUACCGAACACGAUCGCGUAAUAAGAAUCGAGAGGCGUACCCUGCCGGCUUUGGCCGAACGCGGAAUGGCAACGCAAGUAUCUUCGGCCGAGAUUACCGACGAGGUCAACAUGGCCGAAGCCGAUUGGCGCUACCCCAUAAUAAAAUAUUUGCGUGACCCUUCCGGCAGCCAUGAGAGGACUACACGUUUCCGGGCUCGGUGUUAUUUGAUUUAUCAGAACGAGCUGUAUCAAAAGGGAUCGGACGACUUAUUACUCCUAUGUCCCAACGCCGAAGACAUCAAGGUCAUCAUGACCGAAUCUCACGAGGGGAUUUGCAGUGCCCAUCAAUCUGGUGUCAAGAUGAGAUGGCUGGUUCAGAGGCACGGUUAUUAUUGGCCGACCAUUUUAAAGGACUGCAUAGAAUAUGCGAAAGGAUGUAUCAAAUGUCAAAUCUACGGCCCCAUACAAAGAGUACCGGCCGAAGCCCUCCACUCGGUUACCAAACCAUGGCCGUUCAGAGGAUGGGCCGUGGAUAUCAUUGGCAAAAUCCAUCCGGCCGCAUCGAACCAACAUGCAUGGAUUUUGGUGGUGACCGACUAUUUCACUAAAUGGGUCGAGGCCGAGUCCUAUCGGUCAAUUUCCAGCGCACAGGUGGUCAAAUUCUUUGAGAAUCACAUCGUCCACAGUUUUCGGUCACUAAAUGGGUCGAGGCCGAGUCCUAACGGCCCAGUUUUCGCGUCGACCGAGACUCGGGAAUACACCGAAAGGCUGGGGAUCAAAUUGGUCUGA